AUGCAAGUUAUAGAGCUAGAGCACAAAAAUCACGGGAGGUUGGCUCCAGUGGAAGGAUUGGGAGAUGUCAAGAUCGUCCCUAGAAGAAAAGUGACAAUUGGUCGGGGGUUAAAUGUAGCGGUCAUGUCUGAACUUCUAAGUUAUCUCUCCUGCAACAUUAAUGUAUUUGCUUGGAAUGUUGAGGACAUGCCUGGAAUUGAUCUAGAGGUUACAUUACAUAGACUUAACUUCGUUCGAGAAGUACAAUAUCUCGAAUGGCUUGCCAAUGUUGUUCUUGUCAAGAAAGCUAAUGGAAAGUGGCGAGUUUGCAUUGACUUCACAGAUCUGAAUAAAGCAUGCCCCAAAGACAGCUACCCCUUACCUCGAAUUGACAAUUUGGUAGAUAGCACGUUAGGUCAUAUGCUGUACAACUUCUUGGAUGCUUUCUCGGGGUAUCACCAAAUUUUCAUGGCAGAAGAAGAUCAAGAGAAGACCUCAUUCAUGGUAGAUUCAACCAUCUAUUGCUACAGGGUCAUGCCCUUUGGACUGAAGAAUGUUGGAGCAACAUAUCAAAGGUUGGUGAACAAGAUCUUCGCCAAGCUAAUUGGGAAAACGGUCAAAGCAUAUGUGGAUGAUAUGGUGGUUAAGAACAAACAGUUGAAUAGUCAUGUUUCUAAUCUGGAGGAAGUGUUUGCUACAUUAAGUAGGUACAACAUGAAGCUCAACCCGACAAAGUGUGCGUUUGGGGUGGCAUCUGGAAAAUUCUUGGGUUUUAUGAUCACACAGAGAGGAAUAGAGGCAAAUCCAGAUAAAAUCCAAGCUCUAAUAAGUAUGGAGGCCCCUAAGUGCAAAAGGGACAUUCAGAAGUUGACAGGUCGCGUAGCAGUACUAAACAGGUUUGUUUCUCUGACAGCAGACAGAGUUCAAGCCACGACCUGUAAUCAAGGCCCAAACUUUGGCCGACUUCAUAGCAGAACUUACUCCGGAUCCUCAGAAACACCGGCCAAGGGCUCGAACUCGACCUUAGAAAUAUGGGAGAUUUUUGUUGAUGGAGCAUCCAAUAGCUUGGGAUCGGGGGCCAGCAUCAUCAUCACAAGUCUGGACAAGACUACGGAGAUACAAUGUGCUUUCAAAUUUGAAUUCGAAGCUACCAAUAACGAAGCAGAGUAUGAAGCCGUUGUUAUAGCCCUGGAACUCGCGAAAAAUCUUGAGUGUGAGCUCGUCAAAGUUUUCAGUGACUCGCAGCUAGUGGUAGCCAGAGCCGAAAAUACCAAGGCUGAUGCAUUAUCCAGACUCGUCUUCAUGGGUGUAGACGGGCUCGAUAGAACCGUGCACGUCAAGAUGGUUGCGGAACCAAGCAUAGCUCAAAAGCCAAGUGUCAUGGACAUCGACCAUGAGCCCUCCUGGAUGGAUCUAAUAGUUGAUUACAUAAGUAAUGGUAACAUUCCUGCAGACCCUUAG